UGUGUUGUGUUUGGAGGAGGGGCUUCAUCAUUUAAAGAAGUAACAAGUUCCUGGUUAGCCAGUGAAGAAAGACAGUCAGUGGUAAACCAUCAGAGUGUCAGCAUGAAAGUCUCUCACACUUUGAUCUGCUUCUUCCUCUUCUUCUCUCUGCAGGAUGGAAACACCGGUCUCGUCAGUGCCCAACUCUCUGUCUAUUCAGGAACUGAAGGAGAAAAUGCCAGAGUUAAAUGCUCAUUUCCUUCUUAUCGAAACAGGAAGUUCUUCUGUAAGGAACCAUGUGAACAAGAAGACAUUCUCAUUAAAACAACUGAUGCCACAGCUCAGAGUGGCAGAUACAGCAUUGAUUAUAAAGAUGGAGUUUUUUCUGUCACCAUCACUCAGCUGACCAAGUCUGACUCAGGACGCUACAGGUGUGGUGCGGGAUCAUCUUUGAAAAAGGCUUUAUACAAGGACAUUGAGAUCAUCGUUGUUGAUGCAAUGCUGGAUGGUGGUCCUUCUGCAGAAAAAACAAUUGAUGCUAGAACUGGAGGAAAUAUUGCAGUUCAAUGCAACUUUACUCAAUAUAGAUACAAUAAGUACUUCUGCAAGGAAGAAUGUGAAGGAGACAAUCUUGUUGAAACGAUUAGUAAAUCAGAUCAGGAAAAAGGCAGAUACAGGAUCAGAUAUACUCAAAUAAUUCCAACAGGAACUUUGUUGUAUGUGAGCAUCAAACAGCUGACCCAGUCUGACUCAGGAUGGUACAGGUGUGGUCUGGACAGAACUGACUCUAACGAUCUAUACCAGAGGUUUAGGCUCAUCGUCACUGAUGCUCUGACCACUUCUUCUCCUUCAUCAUCCGUCCCAUCAGCCUCUACAGAAACAUCAAACCAAAGUGAAAGCUCCACAUCUUCACCAGCCUCCCCUAAAACCACACGUGGGAUCCUGUAUGUGCGUCUGACUCUGGUCGUCCUGGUCAUCGUGUCAUCACUGUCUGUGCUGGUAUUCUGCAGGAAGAGGACUUGUAAAGCCAAAAGUGAGGAACCAGAACCUCCUGUGGAAACACAAUAUGAUUUCGUCACAGAGACCGACCAAGUGUACGAUGAUAUCGGGGAGGCCGGCCGGAGCAGAUCUCCUCCUGUGGAAAUCUCUUCUGUUCACACUCACGCCAGAUAUACACGACCAAAUGGAGAUGAAACCGAAGAUUACUAAAACAUUGACACUGCUUCUAAUUCAUAAAAUACAGUUAGGGUUAUUUAACUCUGGGCUCAUAAAACAGCAGCUUUAGGCGGCAUCCUUUAAAAAAUGUCCACACGCUUUAUCCCCGGUCACAGACCCAAACAAUAAUGCUAGUGGGGGAACGUUUUUUACAUCUCUUGCUUUUUUAUCCAUAAAAACUUUUGCUAAAUGUAAAAACGGAUAUCAGAUAAGUGUAAAUAUGACAAAUGGCCCAACCAAAGGAAACGGGAUUAAGUUGUUUUUGCUUGUUGUCAAUAUUUACACUUUAUUCUAUAUUGGUAGUGUUCCGACUCUGAUCUGCAGCUGAGACACAACAAUUCUCCUGGGUAUCAAUAAAGUUUUAUCUUAUCCAAAG